AUGAAGAGCGAUCCUCAAGCCGUCAAGGAUGUUGUCUACCCUUGCCAGGACACACAUGUCAUUGUACCUGCCAGUGUGGACCGUAUACGAACCAAGAACUUGUACUUGCGGCCCCUAGAAAUCGGAGAUGCCGCCGCUCUUUAUGAAUUUCGAUCUCGACAGGAUGUUGCAGACUGGCUAUGGCCUAAAGUACCCCACCAAAACAUCCAAGAAACAGAAGCCAAUAUCCUAAACAAAACCUUCAAGACCCCUGAUGCAUCUGGUGCCCUAGGACGGCAAUUCACAUUCGCUGUGAUCUCAGCCACCGAUCCAACGCAAAAGGUCAUCGGAGCCGUGGGAAUUAAUGGCCUUGUACCAUCUCCAUCAAUUGGAUACGGUAUCCACCCUGACUUCUGGGGUAAAGGGUAUGUGAGCGAGGCGGUGGCUGCAGUUGUUGAUGCGUGGUGGAAACUUUCUAGAGAAGAACCAGAGCCUAGGAUGGAAUUGAAUGUUGAAAGGGAGAAGUUGUUUGCUGCAGUUAAUAAAGCUAACGUUGGGAGUGUAAAGGUGCUGCAGAAGAAUGGGUUUGAAAUUGUCAGCGAGGCUUCUUUGGGGGGGGAUACGGUUGUUUUGUUUGCGCUAGAGAGGCCCGCUAGAUAG